CUGAAUGUUGUAAUUAGAAGUUAGCUGUGUCGGAGAAGGUCGUUGUUUUAUGGCUUUAAACUCUACGCAGUCAGUAGAAAGGUUUCCGUCUGAUUCUUCAAUAAAAGAUGACAGAGACUGGCCUGAUUUUGUUUGCGGAGCGGGAGCAGCUGCCGUUAACAUUCUCUCGACGUUCCCCGCCCACAAAGUCAUGUUUCGGCAGCAAGUUGAGGGGUUAAGGAUUCGCUAUGCAGUGCGCCAGGUGCUAAGAGAAGGGGUGUGGAACCUUUAUCGUGGAGUUGUUCCACCAUUGAUGCAAAAAGGAACUUCAAUGGCGAUUAUGUUUGGUUCAUACAACAAGUUCCAAAGAAUGCUUUCUCGUAAUUUAACAAGCACUUCUUCAGUGGCCACUAGUGCAAUAGCAGCAAUGCUAGCGGGAACGAUAGAAGCACUUUUUACACCAUUUGAACGAAUACAAACUUUAAUGUCUCAUCGUGGGCACAACGAAAGGUUUUCCAACACAUUUCAAGCUUUCAAAGUCGUGGGAGUGCAAUAUGGAUUGCGAGAAUAUUAUCGAGGGCUUACUCCGAUACUGUUGAGGAAUGGACCCACUAAUGUGUUAUUCUUUGGCUUGAGAGGCCCAUUAAAGUCCAUUCUACCGGAGGCAAAAACUAGUAUUGGAAAUGCAGCCAAUGAUUUUGUUAGUGGAGCUGUUUUGGGGGCGUGUUUGAGCACAUUGUUCUUUCCAGUUAAUGUUGUGAAAAGCCACAUGCAAAAACAGUUGGGUGGAGAAUUUGUGAACUGUUUCAAAGCUUUUACUGUAGUUUUUAAUGAAAGAGGAAGGAGAACACGACGGCUCUUCUAUGGAGUCUCACUGAACUACACCCGUGCUCUUGUGUCUUGGGGAAUAAUUAACUCCACUUACGAGCUUUUGAAGAAUUGUUUAGGAAACAGCAAUGUUCUGAGGACAAAGAUGCAUACAAAAACUUAAUGUAUUAUCUUUCUCUGCAAGAGGUUGUGUAGUUGGAAAAAGGUUACAGCUGUGUGUGUUGAAAUCCGUGAAUUAUGUCUUUACAUCAGUCCUUGUAUUGUUAAUUCCAAUGUUCAUCAUGACAGUGUACUGCUAUCAUAAUGGUAAUCAGAGGGUUUGUUGGCUUUGUGUCACUAUACAAAGCACCAAACUGUGCUAUGAUUGGUUGUUUCAAUUUGUCACCUUGAUUUGUGUUGCUAAAAACCAACUAAUCAAACCAGAACACAAUUCAAUCCCUCCAAUCUUCAAAGACCAAUCAAGGACCCACUGUUUUGACUUUGUGCAUCAGACUUAGUGUACCUGAGUAACCAAAAGGGUCUUCAUUUGAUUCAUAUUUCUCAACAUCCUUAUACAAUGGUGUGUGGACCAUACACACUGCCAACCAUAGAAACUUCUACCAAUUGGAGAGAUUGUGUACCAGAUGGAUCCUUUCCAGUCUCUAGGAAUAUUGCUGAUGUUUGAGUAUUGAAGUCGCAAGUUUUCUUUUCAAGAGUCAUCCCUGCUUUGCAGCUGAAGGAGUUUAAACCAGGACACAAUUCAAUCCCUCUUUCCUUGGAAGACUAUUCAAGGGCCCAUUAUGGUGACUCUGUCUAUGACUUUGUGCACCUGACUAACAAAAAGGGUCUUCAUUUGACUCUUGUUCCUCAACUUCCUAGCAAGACAGUGAGUUGAGCGCAAUAACUCUGACCGAUUGGAAGGACUUCCCAUCAGAUGGAUCCAAUUCAGCUAACUCAUAACCUGUUGACCUCAUCAUGUAAUAUAAUCUACAUGUUGCAAUAUUAAACCAAAUGGUACAGUCAAAAUCAGAUGUAACCAUAACUACAAAUGGUAAGAAUUUAUUGGUAAUAGUCAUUUUGUUGAGGAAUAUUUAAUUAUUUAUUCAACAAAUACACCAAAUUAUUCCUUAUGGAUACCGUGAUGUUAAGAACAUAAGUGUAAACCUGCUUGAAGCAAUAUAUAAAUUUUCAUAAAUAAAACAAGACCAUUCUGGACUUACUCUCCAUUCAAUGAAUAGUUACCAUGUUGCUGUGUUUCCGCUCAGUAAGAGAUCACAGAUGACAUCAAGAUUUGAUAGGAACAAGAAAGUGGUGCAUGAGGGGCAGCAGUGUGUGUCACAGAUGUUCUUAACACAUUUUGAUGUCUUCCAUGAUAUAUUACUGAACAGACCCCUGGCAGCAAAGACUCUGCUUUUUUAUAUGAUAAAAAAAGACAAAACAAAAAAAAUGAGAAAAAAUUGUUAAUGGUUCAGUCAUCUAAUGGAUGCAUCAAUCCAAUCAAUCAAAGUGCAUGUAUAAUUUUUUUUCAUAAAUGUUUGUAAAUAAUACCAAACUGUAUUGGACUAUCUCCAUAAGAUGACUGACAGCAUUACAGGUAUUCAAGGUGAUGAACACUUUGCAGAAUUUGUAAUUAUUACAUCA